CUCCACCAGGCUGCUCGACUGCUGCGUCUUGCUGCAUCAUCGCUGUCCAAGAUGAGCGACGAGGUGAUAUGGCACUGCCUCCGCCACAACCACUGCAGCUUCAUGGCCAAGAUCGAGACGGGGCUAUUCUGCCGGAACCCCUACAACGCCACAGGCAUUUGCAACCGGAGCUCCUGCCCCCUCGCCAACAGCCGCUACGCCACCAUCCGGGACCACGACGGUAUUUUCUACUUAUACAUGAAAACUGCGGAAAGAGCUCAUCUGCCAAACAAAUUAUGGGAGAGAGUCAAACUGCCCAGGAAUUAUGAGAAAGCAAUGGAAGUCAUCGAAAAGCAUCUCGAACAUUGGCCGAAGCUACUUGUGCACAAGAUCAAACAGCGCCUUACAAAAAUGACUCAGUAUCGGAUAAGGAUGAGGAAACUUCAGCUUAAAGUGAGAGAGAAGAUAAUGACAGUCCCCAGAAAGAAGACUCAGCGUGAUCUCCAAAGGUUGGAGAAAGCUGAAAAGGCUGCUCAACUAGAAAAGAGUAUUGAAAGUGAACUAAUAGAACGUUUGAGGAAAGGUGUUUAUGGUGGUGUAAUCCAUAAUGUCCCCUUCAGCCAGUUUGAUACCAUCCUUGACAUGGAAAAAGAUGGUCUGGCUCCUGAGUUAGAAGAGGAAGAAGAAGGUGAGAUAGAGUAUGUUGAAGGUGCUGAUAUCGAGAUGGGUGAAAUGGAAGACAUGGAAGACUUCGAAGGCUUCGAUGAUGGAGAUGGAGAUGAUAGUUUUGAUGAGCCAUUUACAAGGAAGCCCAAGAGAUCAUGCUCGGAUACGAUGUCAAAGAUUGGGUGGAAAUCUACUAAAAUUGUCGCCGAGGUGGAACAAGAUGAAGACAGGAAUAGCAGGCUAAGGAUGCGGAUGUGAUUCACCAUGCACGGCGCCUUCAGUAACAUGCAUGCUGUUGAUGAUCGUGUAGUUUAGACAAAUUUACUUUUAUAUUCUCAAGAUAAGCUAUUGAGUUUGUGCAAUGGUUUAUUUCUCUGCGAGCAUGGAAACUGGCAUGAGUUGUACUAACUU